AUUGAUUCAUAUUUAUAUCAACGCUACAAUACGUUCCACAACAUAUAAGAAUAAAGAUAUAAAUAAUUAAUUUUAAUUUUUAUACUUGUAUUAUAUAUAAAAUGUUUUUAAGGAAUUUAAAAGGGCCCAGUGCAUUUCCAUAUCGUAACUUAUUGACAAGCACAACCACACGCAUGAUGUCAGCCAAAAUGUUGCCUGAAAGUAAUACCGAUACCCCAACAUACAAGACGUUGUCCGUUACAACUCCAAAACCAUUUGUUUUUCAUGUCGAAUUGAAUAGACCACAGCGUUAUAAUGCUUUCAACAAGGAGAUGUGGAUCGAAAUCAAAAACUGUUUUGAAAGUUUAAGUUCUAACCCAGAUUGUAGAUCGAUUGUUUUGUCUGCAUCUGGAAAACAUUUUACAGCAGGCAUCGAUUUGACUGACAUGUUGAAAUUAGGUCAAGAUCUCGCAGAAAUGGAUGAUGUUGCUCGGAAAGGUAUAUAUCUUGAGCGUCUUAUACGAUUGUACCAGGAUUCAAUGAGUGCCAUGGAAAAUUGCCCUAAACCCGUCAUAUCAGCGAUACACUCUGCCUGCAUUGGAGCUGGUAUUGACAUGAUUACAGCAACAGAUAUCCGUUACUGCACACAAGACGCAUUUUUCUCUGUAAAAGAAGUGGAAAUUGGCAUGGCAGCUGAUGUUGGGACAUUACAACGUUUCCCCAAAGCUAUUGGCAGCCAAUCAUUGGCCCGCGAAUUAUGUUACACAGGACGUCGUUUUGAAAGUUCGGAGGCUUUCAACUGUGGAUUAGUCAGUAAAGUUUUCCCAGAUAAAGAAUCUUUAGUGAACGGUGCCCUGGCCUUAGCUGAGAACAUCGCAGAAAAAAGUCCAAUUGCAGUACAGGCUACUAAGCAAAAUGUUGUUUACUCACAAAGUCGUCCUAAUCAAUUGGGUUUGGAUCACAUUCGCGAAAUGAACAAAUUGUACCUUCAAUCUGAAGACUUUGCAGUUGCUGCUGCCGCCCAAUUAACUAAAGGAGAAAAACCAACAUUUUCAAAGUUAUAAAAAUUAUUUAUUACUAAGAUUAGUAUUUGUCUUUAAAUGAUUUGUAAAUUUUUAAAUAAAUAUGUAUUUCAAUGCA